GCUGUGUGGAUUUGAAUGGGAAUGGCCGGUCUACUGUCAUUUACUGUAUGGAAUCGAGUUAUCUAAAGGACUUUCCAAUGAAGAGCCCAAAUCUCCUGACGACCCUGAAUGCAGCACAAGCCCGUUUACAGAGAGAGAGACAACAAUCAGACGAAGAGAAGCAUCUCCACAUGGUCCAGUGAGAGCAGAUGAUGCAAGCUAUGAGGCACAGUAGUCCUUGCCUGUGGACUCGGCUCCUGCAGGACAGCCAGGCCCCAUGUGACCGCUACAAGCAUGCCUGCUGCAGCUACGGUGGACAUGUCUACAUCCUGGGAGGGAGAGACAGCAGCACUUUGAGGGACUUCUGGAGGUACAGCGUGGUUUGUGACCAGUGGACGGAGUUGAACUGCACCAGUGAUGCUGCACCAGAAGAACUAGAAGGACAUUCUAUGGUGGCUCAUGAGGGCUUCCUGUACGUGUUUGGGGGCAUGCUGGAUUCUGCGUACAACGAGCAGAGAUGCCCCCUCUGGGUAUUUGACAUCGCGAAGCAGAAGUGGGUGCCCUGCCAGGGAAAGACCAGUUCCCCUCAGAGCCAAAUGCCAACCAACAGAAAGGGACACAGUGCUGUGCUGCUCGGGUCUGCCAUGCUGCUGUAUGGAGGGUUAGUGGACAUGAAAGGAUCCUCGCAGGACUUUUGGAGUUUAGAUUUUGAUUCCAUGGCUUGGUCUCUGCUGAAUGGCUCCCAGCAGCAGGGCCCUUUAGGCCCCGGCCCCAGACACAGCCACUCAGCUGUGAGCAGCCACAGCUGCAUGUACCUGUUCGGGGGUCUGAAAGGCCUACAGGAGCAGAGGGACUUCUGGAAGUGGACUUCCACCAGCAACACGUGGAGUUCCCUCAAAAACAAGGCCGGCCCCUCCAGGCUGAUGGGCCACUCUGCCGUGGCCUACCAGGACAGUAUGCUUCUUUAUGGGGGAUGUGAGAGCCAGAACUCUCCAAAGCACUGCCUGUGGAGGUACUACUUCAGCACUCAGACCUGGAGGCAGGUUGCCACGCUCCCCGGCUCCAACCCCCCAGGGAAGAUCCACCACUGCUGCGUCGGGCUGGGUCCAAGCUACAAGUCCAAGAGCUGCAGCAGCCCCUGCUCCGGCUCCACACAACCCAGGCUGCUGGAGGGGAAACCAAGGCCCUUCAAGAACAAGUGCUUCCCCACCCCGCCUAGGAAGAGGUUUCUAGGAUCAGAGGGAGCUAUAGAGCUGGAGACGUUCAGCCCGGCCAGAUGCUUCAUUAGCAAAACCCCCACACAGUCCUCCCAACUGUUCAACAGCAAAGAGGGCUUAACGGAGAGGGAGGCACAGCAGAUUGAAAACUGUCUGACUUUUGAAAACCAGGUGUUUAGGAAACAGUGGGGGUGCAGAAGAGAUAACCUGCUGGACAAGGAGGAGGAGGAGGAGGAGGAUGAAGAUGUAGCCGCGCAUCUGCCUGAUCUGCUGCUGGUGCUGGGUGGGAGACCGUGCACCCCCCACAGCCCUAUCUCCAUAUGGCAAAUGACUCUGACAGACUCAUAGCAGCUUGGGAAAAAAAGAAACUUUGGGUUAACAUGUUCUCUAUAUGAGAAAUAUAAAGAAAAAAAACAUGCAUCGUAUAUGUUUAAAAGGUUUACUGACAUGCUGUGAACAACAGAAUAACUCAACUAUUUUUAUAAUCCUGUUGCUCGUGUUGUGAGUUUUAAUGUCAGGAGUUGCAUUUACACAUUUCCUUUUUGCAGAAGUCAAAUAAAUUAUCAGAAAAUGUUAUUAAGACAAGCUGUAGAAUGAUUGCAGUCUUGAACAAUGAUCUAAUUCAUAGCGUCGUGAAAAACAAACAGCACACAUAUGAACAUAAAAAUGGCAAAA